CAGAAAAACAAACAGGUCGAAGGAGGAAAGACACGGCAGCCGGUCGGAGGAAAGGAAUGAACGUGAACACGAACGCGAACUCGAACUCAAACAUGCAAGAUGUGCUUUGUUGUUUUUAAACAUGCUGUCACUUGCCCUCGCCUGCUGCCAUAACAUAAGGUACAAUCGAAUCGAUAAGUGAAUAGCAGGCACAGUGGAACGUGUUUUCGGCUCCAAAAAAUUGCGGCAUUAUUAAUAACCGACAGUAAGCCAUUGAUUGAUCUGUAUCUGCAGAAUCUAUCGUAGAUUAUAUGGCUCUAGUGUGUGAACGAACCCUGUAGCUUUUGGACCCAGGGCAGGGACGCGAACAUGCACUCCCGGCGCCAGGUGAAGCGCUCUCUGCUCGGGAGCCGGGUGUGCGCCGGUGCCGGUGCCGGUGCCGGUGAAGGAGCAUUGCUGCCGUGGGGGCUCCACGCGGUCAAGCAGGAAAACGGCGACGCUCCAGUGGGACUCCAACACGACGCCUGCGCGAUCAUGCCGCUGAAGCGGGACGGCGAGUCGUGCACCGACGAGGGAAACGGCGCGUGCGGCGACCGGCUGCGCGCGACAGCACCGCUCACAUGCACCCUCAAGAGCUCCUGCAAGAGCAACGACCACCCAGUGCUUGAGACGCUCAGGAACUCCAAGGACACGCAGCCCGGUAACGCUGUGUUGGAGGGAGCUGACUGCAGCCCGAUGAGUCGAAUCCCAGACCCGGAGAAGGACCACACGCGCUCCGUCUCCCUGCUGGAGCAGAAACGCAAAGUAGUGUCCUCCAGCAUUGACGUCCCUCAUGCCAGGAAAUCCGAGGAGGAGGCCGAUAUGGACAAGGUGACGGCGGCCAUGGUGCUCACCAGCCUGUCCACCAGCCCCCUGGUGCGCAGCCCACCUGUCCGAGUCAGCGCCGAGGCGCUGAGUGGCUCCUGGAAGGACGGCGGCUUUACGCCCUCCAGCUACAGCAGCGGCUACUGGAGUUGCAGCAUCCCGAGCGACCAGUCCAAUCCAUCCACGCCCUCCCCACCGCUGUCCGCCGACAGCGUCAAGCCCUUCCGAAUGCCGGCCGCCCCUGCUCAGCCUGAUGACGCCAUCGACGAGCCCGACGGGAGCAACCUCCUCUUCGAUGAGCCGAUCCCUCGUAAGCGCAAAAACUCCAUGAAAGUGAUGUUCAAGUGUCUGUGGAAGAACUGCGGGAAGGUCCUCGGGACAGCGGCGGGGAUCCAGAAGCACAUCCGCACCAUGCACCUGGGGCGAACCUGUGACUCAGAGUGCAGUGACGGGGAGGAGGACUUUUACUAUACGGAGAUCAAGCUCAACACUGAGUCUGUGGCCGAGGGUCUGGUGGGCCCUCCGCCGCUGCCUCGACCUGUGCUCUCACCGCCCCCUCCCCCACCCCCUGACCCAGGACGCCCCGAUGGGGGUGGCAAGCUGAUGACGCCCCUAAGUCGCUCCGCCCCCAGCGCGCUCUACCUCAUUCACACAGACCACGCUUAUCAGGCCGGCCAUUCCCAACUCCACCAGCUUCGGUGUGUCCUGGCAGGCUCCGUCCGUCACACACGGCGGGAAGAUCACUCGGUGGUGUGGGCGCUCCCAUCCCCCCCCCACAGCCAGACGAAGGGCUGCCCGGAGCAGCGACCGCUACCCCCCACGGUGCUCUCCUCGCCGCCGAGGGCGGCCGGUCUGCUCAGCAGGAAGUCGCGAGGCGAGGGGAAGAAGUGCCGCAAGGUGUACGGCAUGGAGAACCGGGACAUGUGGUGCACGGCCUGUCGCUGGAAGAAAGCCUGCCAGAGCAAAGGGGCCCGCGUGCAUGGAGAGCAGCGUCCGGAGGUGCCGGGGGCUCGAGCUGGUGCGGAAGGAACAAAAAAUGGGGAGGCAUCUGUAUAUAACGAGAAUAUGUGGAAAGGAACGAUUUCGGGUGCAUUUUCCUUUUCGGCUCCCUUACGAAGUGAGAAGAGAGAAGACGCUUUUAUACAUUGUUUUCUAUGUUCGUUUGCUAAUAAAAACCGUUGUCCGGGACACAGUGGAACUUUCUUAAACCAGCAGCUACGUUUCUAUACAGCUCAACACUGUAGUCGCUGCUCCUCGUCAUGGGAAUUUUGAUUUGUGGCAGCCAAAACAAAUUUUAUUUUCAUUUCUUUCUUAUUGAUGUGUAUAGACUUUGUUACACGAUGACAGCGUUGAAAUUUCCGCAGUUUUACGUGCGACGGCAGAGCGGACCGCGACGAGGCCACGUUUGUAAUAUGCAGGUUUCCCCCACAAACCUGAGUUUGUACAGGAAUUUUCGUGUCUAUUUCUAAUACUUUCAUUCCCGGGGGGGGAAAAAAAAAAAGAUCCUGGCCAGUUGAACACGCAUUUGCAGGCCGUGCUCACAUUUUCUUCUGUACGGGUCGGUAUUUCUCAGUUGACACAUGUGCGAUAGGGUUUGUUGUGCGCGGUAGGCCAUGUGGAAUAACAUUUAAAAAUAGAAAUGAAAUGUCGUAACUUUUUUUUUUUUUUUUUUACUGCUUGUGUGGCGAUGUUAAUGUUUUUCUUCGUUGCAGAGCUCUUUGAACCCAAAGGGAGAGCAUAUUUGUAUAACAGCCUCCAGAUCUCCGCCGGGGUACCGCCGUAUCGCGUUUGUUCAGUAUUGCACUGUCCUCCGGGAGCACGCUUCUGCACACCUUUUCCAAAGUUCGCAGGGGUUCGAGGGGGGCAGGGCCUGAUGGGCAUAUCUGAGGCCCACAGGGUCGGAUGCACAGAAGCACAAAUACUGCAGAAUGUACACCGAGGGUGUUGAGCGAGCAACUCUCGCGUGGUGUUUUUAAUUCGGCCGAACCUGAGCUUGGAGGAAGCGACCCGAGGUUGCUCGGCAAAUCCACGACGGUCGGUCGAAAGGAUGCAGUCGGUACCUUAGGUGGGACGUGUCCGACUGCGUGUUCUAUUCAAGCUGCCGGAAUAUGAGGCUGGACAAAGUAAUCGCGGGAUUUACCUAAAGGAAAAAUGGACACAACUCUCGCCGUUCUCUCGUGAAUAUGUCGUGCAGCUGAAAACAUGCAAAGGAAGUGCUGUCUGUGCUUCUCUCAGGCAGGAUGCGACAGUAAUGGCUAUUUUCAGUGUUCCGAGAAGCAGAGGUGGUGGGAAAUGGGCUGCCUUCUUAGUGACCUUUUUAGGACCACCUGUGUCUUUAGCACUUUAAACGGCGCUUUAAUGUGUUUCGGGAAUCCUCUUUUCCUUCGGCGCGUGUGUGUGUGUGUGUGUGUGUGUGUGUGUGUGUGUGUGUGUGUGUUACAUGUAGAAAUGGGCAGUUGUAACUGUCUCUCAAACUCUGUUUUGUAAGACUUUUCAACGUUUCGUGUGUUUUAUCAGCCAUGUUUGCACUACGUUUUGUAGGGAAUCUGCAGAUGACGUUGCCCUUGGACCAUGGCCGCUGUGACCAUGGUUCUGCCCCAACCCCAGUGUAUGUUUGCGUGUUACUUGGGUCGAAACAUUUGUUUAGCACCUUCGCUGGCAUCUAAAUGACACUUUCAGCAUCAUCUUAGGUUGUCAUCUUAGUGACACAUUUUCCUUUGCUAGUGGUGAAAUAAAACGCACAAGUUCUUACACUUAUUUCCAAAGGAGUUUUUUUAAAAAAAAAAAAGUUAGCUUUUACAUUUCAUAUCUUCAUAGCAAGCCUUGA